UAAUCCACAAAAUGAAAAUCGGGCAUCUUUGUUACGAUCAUCAAAAAGUAAAGCCACGGCUUCGCCAUUAUGUGGUGAAUCGCUUGGUCAGGAUAGCUAUUUGUCAUUGUGGCAAAAGUAUCUUGUAAUGGCUUGUGCUUUGGCACCACCUCAUGCUGAUUAUGCAACUACUCAUAGUCGAGGAUUUUCACCCACUUCGUCGGUGGACAAUGAUGUGUUUCGUUCUUUGGCGUCGUCCGUUCGCGCACAACGACCGUCUGCUCCUGUGAAUGCUACAUUCUUCCUGAAAGUUGUUACUAUGUUACGUUGGGAACAUAUGACUGAUAUGCGCGAUAGUGUCGUUUUGGGUAUAGGAUCAACAAAUCCUUUAGCAUUUGAAGCACUUCUUGAUGAGAUGAAAGGACUUCUAAGAGAGGUAAUGGAUCGGAAAAACGAUAAUAAUGCUCGACGGAAGAAACGAAAAGAUCUGUUACGACUACAAAUAAUCCGUAUACUUCAAAUUGCAACAUUUCGGGGUGUGCUGCAAUGUUCAGGUUGCAUUGAUGUUGAAAGUGGACUUUAUUCUGUCCUUGUUGACUUUUUGGACUCCAUGCGACAGAAUUUAGAGUCUGAUCAGGAUCGUGACAUGUUGUUAUUAACAAAUUUGCGAUUGCAUUUUGCAAAAACUAUCGCAAUGAUUAUUAACAGCAUUGCACCAGAAAAAAGACGAAACUUAUUGGGAAAUAAUUUGAAACAGAAUUUGUUCUUUUUAUUUACUUCAUGGUGUAGUAGGAGCAUUGCAUCCGAUAAAAGACACGACGGAAACGUUGGAACAUACGUAGAGCAACGAGCUGUUGAAGCGAUGUGUGCUUUAUUAUGUUGCGGGCCAAUAUUUGAACCGAUUAAAGCUAUUGGAGAAGAUGGUUAUUUGUAUGGAUGGCUAGAAGCUCUGCUUGAUUCAAAUAAUCCUGUGCUCGAAAAAUUAUUUGAAUCCACGUUAAGUACGAUGCUUGACUUGAAUGAUGAAACAUCACAACUUCUCGAAUGGACAAUUAAUGUUUGCUAUUCCAAACCUGCUUGUGUGGCAGCGAAAAGCUUCCGUUCAUUGGUUAUGCUUUUUUCCCGAAGAGAAUAUCCUUGUGAGUUCGAUUCGUUGUUCGUCCUCUGUCAAAUGUUAGCAGGGGAUAGUGAUACACGUGUUUCUGAACCUGCGGUCCAGCUUCUUCAUCUUCUGCGACGACAGUUUCUUGAUGAUUCAUUGAUCGUACCAAAUCUUACCAAUCUGCAUAAUUUCUCAUCGAACCAAAUCGAAGUUUGUCGUUUGCUAGCAAAAACAUAUCCAAAAAUAACGAUGUCCGUUUUUUCAGAAGUUUGCUCUCGUGUUGAAAGUGCUAAAUGCAGCAGAAGAACUGCUAUAUUAUCUCUUCUUUCUGCAUGGCUGGAAAAUAUUCAGCUUGUGGAUUCUCAAGAAGACAAUGCUGCCGAGGAAAAUGAUGAGGUUAAAUCAGGAUGGGGUUCAAUCGAAGCAACUCAGCUGAUCCUGAAUAAUCUGCUUUAUUUAACAGUAACAUUAUCCGAUGUGCAUUUCAAAGAAAUAUCACUACUAUGGAACACGUUAGCUCUAUCACAUUCAGCAAAUUUACCAAUAAUUGUGAACUAUCUGUUUGUGAUGGCUUCCUUAUCGCCUGAGAUGUUGUUGCCACAUACUAAACGUAUAUGUUGUUUUUUGAUGGAUUCUUCUGCGCAUAACUUGCUGAAAAUUCUAAUGAAUGAUAUGGAUUGCGUAAACGAACAAUUCAAAGCAAAUUUGGAACGGUGUGAAAUGCCACCAUUUUACCGCUUCCAGAACACCUUGGAAACAACAUAUGAGAAGCAAACAACAACAAAAAUGAAAGAAACUAAUAUAUGUACUGCAGAGACGGAACCGACUAGCCCAUUGAAGAUCAAUGUAUCAGAUGAAGAUACUGUUAGUAUAAUUCAUGAUUUACCAAUGCCAGCUUAUGGAGGUCACUAUUCGAAGCUCUCGUCUUUUCUGCCACCGACUACUCAACCAGUAUUUCCAUUUACGAGAAGCAAUUUGGCAUUGCUUCAUGUCACGGAUUUGUUACGAUGUCCUUCGUCAGAAGAAUGGUGUGAUCAUAUACCAUUGUUGUUGCAUAUUGCUGUCUUAGGAUUGGAUUCAUUGCGUCCACCAAUGUGUCGUCAUUCACGACAAGUUAUUAUCAAUAUUAUUUUGUUACAAGCUGGUGAAGUCGUUCCCGCAUCACAGCUAUCGAAUAUCUUACUUACUAAUCAGAUAAAUUGGGCAGAUGAAAUAAGCAUGAUAUCAAGUGUUGAUGAUAGUCGUACGGAUAGUAUUGCACGUGGUGAAACACCUACUUUUUCAACUAUGAAGUGUAAUGAAUAUCAACAAAUGCUGCUAAGCAGCAAUACUUCAUUUAGCACAACAGCAGAUUUGAUUCAGGCAUUCGUAUGUUGUAUGUCUGAGAAAAUGGACAAACCUCUUUGGGCUAAUGAAGAUGUAACAUCACGGCAGUGGCGGAUUGAAAGUGCAGCACAGUUAGGAUGUAUGGUACGUCAUCUAGGCGAACUCUUGAUUGAAACAAACCCAAGUUUGGCACUGCGUUGGUCACAAUUAGCAAUGGGAAUGGCUUUAUCAACUUCAAAUCGGCAUAUUGCUAGCCGUUGUUUUCAAAUUAAUUCAGCUCUUUGUCAGUCACCAUCACCGUGGAUUCCCAAUAUUUUGUCGCGGUUAGCGGAAACGGUUGGUGAAUCACAUGAAGAUACCCAGUCCUACGUAACAGAUAUAAUGCUUUGUCUCCAGACAGCUGUUUCGCAUUUGGCUUUAAUGCCUCAUGCACCAAAUAUUCUACAAUGUCCUACCCAUACUCGUUCCACUUCCUAUACACCUGCCGUACUGCAUCAAAUUUCAAAUGCUCUUGCUCCAGCAGUUCUGUCACCAACUCGUGAACGAAAAGAUAUGAGACAUUCAGUUCUGGUAACUAAUGAACGGGAAGUACCGAUAGGUUUAAGUCGAAGCAAAAGUGCAACGGCCUUGAAAACCAUGGAUGCUGGUGUUGGAGAAGAAGAUUUCUUAACACUUUGUCGGUUAUUUUUAAUUGCUGUUGCCAUGCUUGAAUCAAAUUCUGAUAACGAGUAUCUGCUCGCACUACAUCUGUUGGAUAAGGUUUUUGAUGCAGCAGCUUCAGAUAAAGUAUUGUGUUUGCAGCGUUUGUCAAAAACAGUAUCACAGUUGGAUUGGAAAAAUUAUAGUGGUUUAGUUGGCUUAAUCAUAAAAGGUACAACGAUACAGUCAGGUUACGAACUGUCCCUAUCAUUGCUACUGAAGUGUCUGGAAGUGAUAGAUGAAUCAGCAAUGGGACCAUGCAGUUUGAUUCCUCUAUUGAUUACUUCAUCCAUGCCAUUACUUUUGCUUAAUUUCGAAACACCUACAGCACUCUGUUUAUCGAUUACCAGAAAGCUGACUGAGUUUCUUUCGGAACGAAUAACAGAAACGGAAGAACAGUCACUUGAUAAUCCACUUGCUCAUUUAUCAUCUAUGAUGUUCAAAUACGCUGAACGUUGUUUUCCUCGUGAUCGUUUCCAGUGGGCGAAAUGUGUAUUUAAGUAUAUGUACGAUGGUUUGACACCGGAUCAUACUCAACUUUUCGUCCUUCUUUCUGAGGUUUGUCGCAACAAUUAUGACAUAUUGCAGAUGUUGGAAAGAAGUGUGACAUCAUUGCAUACUUACAUACUAUCUUGCUUAUACUUAUUAGCUAGUAAUGCUGAUUUAUCACAAUGCUCGCCGCUAUCCAUAAAUGCUCAGGUUGUGCGAGUUGUAUCAAAGCAUAUACAGGGUCCAAACUGGAAAGAUGCUUCGAGGAUUCUGAAGUGUUUUGUGCAAUAUGAUAGUAUUGCCAUCGAUGGCCAUAUCUCGGAUGGACCAGAAUCAGACGAGGUUGCACGACCGGAAGGACUCCAGUUGGAAGUCCCACUUCGUAGUUGCUUUGUAGCUUCCUCUUCAGCUGUCCAUAAAAGUACUCCGGAAACGGCAUCAUUGCGGAAGCACACUACAAGAGUACGAGAACGUUUGAUCAGUUUGCUGAAUGCUUCUGGACUACGUGUUGGUUUACCAAAAAGUGCUUCGAUAAUUUUCUCACAGUCAUUGCAUGAUGUUUCCUAUGAACCACCGAAUUCAAAUUCCACCUCAACAGAGAGAAUUUCGCCAUCACAUAUAGGUGACGGCGAAUCAGCAUCAUCAUUGGUAGUCGAUCAAUCUGUUACCAAUUCUUUCCCUCGAGUAUUCCGUGAAUUUGAUUUCUUGGAAGCGGAACAUGAUACUGUAUCGGAAUCGACAGAAUCAUGUUUUAACUGGCUCUCAACAAUACGACCACAUUCCAUAAGUAAAGUUGGCAUUAAUGUCGAAGAACAAUAUCAGGACGAUGAAUGUACCGAAAUUGCUGGUGAUCAGCGCCCAUCCUCAGCAGAUUCACCUGAAGUAUCAAGCGAAAGGACACCACUAGAGUCAGGAGUUCGUAGCGAAACUGUUUCCGAAGAAGAAAGUUGUGAUGAAGAAUUAGAAGAUGAAUUUGCCGUUGAUGACGAAAAGCUUCGAGUGGCAGAUAUGUCAUCUUUAGCAGAAUCUAUUCGAUGUAGCCAUUCAGUAGCAUCGGUGGAAAAUGUAUCACUGAAACGACCUCCUCUAUUUCUGCAAUGCAAUCAUCAUGCUUCAGCCCAAGGUGAGCACCAAUGGCUCUCAAGUUUUGCGGAUUUGAGUAUCGAUGAAAGUGGCGAUUUGACGGCACAUGCGACUUUACUUUUCACCCAACUUUAUCGAGAAUGUUGUUUGAAGUUAUCCGGUAUAUUACGAGAUGCAUCACAGGUCUUUUCUACAUCGCAUCACGAGAUCUCUGUUCAAUUCAGUGAUGCAUUAGAUCUUGUCCUUAAAAUUUUCGAUUGUCCGUUUCUCUUCGUUACGGCUCAACAUUUACGUAGCACUGAAAUGUUAUCACAGCAAAAAUGCUUGUUACUGGAAUUGCACGAACAUUACGAGACUUUCGUGGAACGGAAAGAGCAGUGUAUUCGGGCUUUAAAUGCGAUAAAGGCAACAUUGAAAUUGGCCUUAAUCGGUGGUCCAUCAUUAUCGGCGGUUACUUCAAGUCAGCAUUUAGAAUUAUGCCGAUCGGUGCACAAGUUGUUUUUCCAACUACUCCAGAUCACUGAUAAAUUUGAUGAAAUGGUAAAAGGUGUAGUGAAUGCUCCCGAUGUUCAGAAUGCCAAUAUAUCAGCUGAAGUAUUGUGUUUGCAUAGAUGCCUAUUAGCAAGUAUUCCGGAUUCAGUACAUGGUAUGGAAAAUGGUAUGUCAAAUGUAACACUCGAGCCAAAUACCGAUUCUUUGUUGAUGUUAAUGCAAAAGAAACAAUAUAAGAAUGCUUUAUAUAUGCUAAGACAACUCAGGCAGCAAUUUGGUGCAGAAUACGGUUGUUGUGAUCAGGUUGAUGUUGAAGUAUUACUGUUGGCGUAUUGUCGCAGUCAUCAGGGUUCUUGUUGGGCUGUUCUGGGAAGUGACAAAGCGUUAACACUUAGCUGUAAUCAAUUACGACAAAGUAAUAUGCAGAUGGCAACUAUCGUUCGUGCAAUUGCACCCGAUGCGCUUGUUUUACGAUCAUCUCGUGUUUCUAGUGCUUCUGAAUCUUAUAGAUCCUGA